CGGCCCCUGCCUUUGUCCCAUCUCUUUCUCUUGCUCUCGGUUUGCUCAUCGAGCCUUCACUUCCUCCGCUGUCUCUGUUUGAGAUCACAUCGGCAGGAUGCCUGAACAAGUGCAAGAGAGGAAACCCAAGAUCUCAGCAUCCAGGAAGCUGAUGCUUAAGAGUCUGAUGGUGGCAAAGGCCAAGGAGGAGCUGGAGCAGGAGAUCCUGGUCAAAGAGGAGGAGAAAGAGAAGUACCUGGCAGAGAGAGCUCCUCCGCUACACACCGGUGGCAUGACCCUCGCACAGUUGCAGGACCUGUGCAAAGAGCUCCAUGCCAAGAUAGAUGUGGUGGAUGAGGAGAGAUAUGACAUUGAAGCCAAAGUCAUGCUCAACACACGUGAGAUUAAAGACCUGAACAUCAAGGUGUUGGACCUGAGGGGGAAAUUCAAGAGGCCUAAUCUGAGGCGAGUGCGUGUGUCUGCUGAUGCCAUCCUUCGCUCCCUGCUGGGCUCCAAGCACAAAGUCUCCAUGGACCUUCGAGCCAACCUCAAGUCUGUUAAGAAAGAGGACACUGAGAAGAAGAGGCCAGUAGAGGACAGUGACUGGAGGAAGAACGUGGAGGCCAUGUCCGGGAUGGAAGGAAGGAAGAAGAUGUUCGAUGCUGCUAAGGGUCCCGCUCAGUGAAACCAGCAGGUAUGCCCCCCUGCGAUGAGAAGAUGCCCCCACAAACCUACAAAGUUUUCUCCUCUGCACUUAAGAGCUGAUCUGUUUGCUAUUCAGUGCUUAGGUCUUACAAAUCACCAUACCUACAUGUCAAUCCGUCUACUUUUCUUUGUGUUGUUAUCAAGACCUAAUAUUGCUGUUAAACCUCAGAGUGUUUGGCUGGUAUUUGUACAGAAAAUCAAUAAAUGCAACUUGUAGGGCUACAAAACAGCUGUGGAUAAUAUUAAAAACUAUCCAGCAGCUUUCAGUCUACAGACAGUGUAGCCUAUAACACAUUCUGGUCCAAAUAAAAUGGUUGAUGUAGUUUUCUUUGUUGGGGAUCUACUGUAAGUGUAGCUGGUAGUUUUGUAAAUUUUAAAAAAUGAUGUUCAAUUUUGUACCCAGACUUACCUGC